GAUCGUCUAAGGUAAGUUUUUGAGCAGAAAUUUAAGUACAUAGGCUGCUGUCAAAAAAUUUGAGAGAGAGAUGGCAGUUUUUUACUUGAAAAGUUGAAAUGUAGGUUGAAAAUAAGUAUGGAAGAAAAGAAGUAUGGAAGAACUCUCUGUAUGCUGGAGCCUGGAGCUAGAGAAGUGGAGAGAGUGCUAGAUGGAAAGAGUAAAGACUAAAGACAAAAUACUAAAGACUAAAGAGAAAUAGAGAAAUCAGUUUUUUUCCCCUUCAAUAAUGCAUUUCAGGUGACAAAGGCUAGUGCUGAACUGCUGGGUGAAUAAAAUAGGUACUGCCCUGCAAGAUUUAUAAAGUUGAGCAGCGGAUGUGAAAUAAAGAAAAGUAACAGCCGUUACCCAUAAUGGUCAUUACAGCAACAAAAUUUUUCUACCAUUAUUUACAGGCCUUAAUGGCCACGGCCAGCUUGCAUACCUUGAUAUCAAGAACUUCUCUUCAGAGGAAGCCUGUGAGCAGAACAUUAGUGCCUGUAAGAUGUGAACAAAGUACCCAGGGAGGCAACAGUUUGGACGUAUGGUUAGGACGGCUUGCAAUGGUUGGCUUUGCGGUGGCUAUCAGUGUUGAAAUAGCCACAGGCAAGGGUCUUCUGGAGAAUUUUGGGCUUACAACACCGUUGCCUACAGUAGCAUUGGCAGUAACAGGAUUGGUGGGUGUUUUGACUGCUGUUUUCAUCUUCCAGUCAGCCUCUAAGAAUUGAGACCAUCACUCAUUGUAAUUUGUCUUUAAUCCAACAAUGGAGCAAUUCUUAUACUUGAGAAUGUGAAGUGAUGGAAAAUAUUAUCUUUAUGACACCUUUCCUUGCACGUGGCUGUUCUCCCCGUAAUGUAUUGUGUAACAGAUGCUUCUAUUGCUCAUUUCAUGAUUCUGGGAAUGUCUUGGGAUUGUUUAGGCUGCAGAAAUCUGAUUAGCUUUGAAAAUCAACUGGUGCUAUUAUUUUCC